GCAGUUUAGGCUGUGACUCUAUAGAAAACAAAGAUAACCUCUCUAAAACAUGAACUUUUCCUAGAGACUGCUCCAGUCUCAACCCACCGGUGGACUCCUUGCUAUCUAUGUCCCAGGUCUUACACUCACUUGGCUAAGGGCUGAGGCCUCCUAAGACCGGAGGGAGCAGCACUAAGAUGCUUCGGCGGUCUGGCAUCUGGGGACUUUCUCCACCUCGGAUCUUCCCCUCCUUGCUGGUGGUGGUUGCCUUGGUGGGACUGCUACCUGUUCUCAGGAGCCAUGGCCUCCAGCCCAGCCCCACUGCCAGCACCAUCAGAGGUUCUGAGCCACCACGGGAACGCUCAAUCGGGGAUGUCACCACUGCUCCGUCAGAGCCUCUGCGCCACCCAGAUGAUCGCAACUUGACCAAUUUAGUCAUUGAACAAGGCGUUAAGCCAGCUCGAAAAGCCUUUCCAGUCCUGGACAUUGACUACUUACAUGUACGCACACCCUUCGAGAUCUCCCUCUGGAUCCUGCUGGCCUGCCUCAUGAAAAUAGGUUUCCAUGUGAUCCCCACCAUCUCAAGCAUCGUCCCGGAGAGCUGCCUGCUGAUCGUGGUGGGGCUGCUGGUGGGGGGCCUGAUCAAGGGCGUUGGCGAGACGCCCCCCUUCCUGCAGUCAGACGUCUUCUUCCUCUUCCUGCUACCACCCAUCAUCCUGGAUGCAGGCUACUUCCUGCCACUGCGGCAGUUCACGGAGAACCUGGGCACCAUCCUCAUCUUUGCUGUGGUGGGCACACUAUGGAACGCUUUCUUCCUGGGUGGUCUCCUGUACGCCGUGUGCCUGGUGGGCGGUGAGCAGAUCAACAACAUUGGCCUGCUGGACACCCUGCUCUUCGGCAGCAUCAUCUCCGCUGUGGACCCGGUGGCUGUGCUGGCUGUCUUCGAGGAGAUCCACAUCAACGAACUACUACACAUCCUCGUCUUCGGGGAGUCCCUUCUCAAUGAUGCUGUCACUGUGGUCCUCUAUCACCUCUUUGAGGAGUUUGCCAGCUAUGAGUCUGUGGGCAUCUCGGACAUCUUCCUCGGCUUCCUGAGCUUCUUCGUUGUGGCCCUUGGCGGGGUGUUUGUGGGCGUGGUCUACGGGGUCAUCGCAGCCUUCACCUCAAGAUUCACCUCCCACAUUCGGGUCAUCGAGCCGCUCUUCGUCUUCCUCUACAGCUACAUGGCUUACCUGUCAGCUGAGCUCUUCCACCUGUCAGGAAUCAUGGCACUCAUCGCCUCAGGAGUAGUGAUGCGCCCCUACGUGGAGGCCAACAUCUCCCACAAGUCGCAUACUACCAUCAAGUACUUCCUAAAGAUGUGGAGCAGUGUCAGCGAGACCCUCAUCUUCAUCUUCCUUGGUGUCUCCACUGUGGCUGGCUCCCACCAGUGGAACUGGACCUUUGUCAUCAGCACCCUGCUCUUUUGUCUCAUCGCCCGGGUGCUCGGUGUGCUGGGCCUGACCUGGUUCAUCAACAAGUUCCGCAUUGUGAAGCUGACCCCCAAGGACCAGUUCAUCAUCGCCUAUGGGGGCCUGCGAGGGGCCAUUGCCUUCUCCCUGGGCUACCUUCUGGACAAGAAGCACUUCCCCAUGUGUGACCUGUUCCUCACUGCCAUCAUCACCGUCAUCUUUUUCACAGUCUUUGUGCAGGGUAUGACCAUUCGGCCCCUGGUAGACCUCUUGGCUGUGAAGAAAAAGCAAGAAACAAAGCGUUCUAUCAAUGAGGAGAUCCACACACAGUUCCUGGACCACCUUCUGACAGGCAUCGAGGACAUCUGUGGUCACUACGGCCACCACCACUGGAAAGACAAGCUCAACCGCUUUAAUAAGAAGUAUGUGAAGAAGUGCCUGAUAGCUGGAGAGCGCUCCAAGGAGCCGCAGCUCAUUGCCUUCUACCACAAGAUGGAGAUGAAGCAGGCCAUCGAGCUGGUGGAGAGUGGAGGCAUGGGCAAGAUCCCGUCUGCCGUCUCAACGGUCUCCAUGCAGAACAUCAACCCCAAGUCCGUGACUUCAGAGCGCAUCUUGCCGGCACUGUCCAAGGACAAGGAGGAAGAGAUCCGUAAGAUCUUGAGGAGCAACCUGCAGAAGACCCGGCAGCGGCUGCGGUCCUAUAACAGACACACGCUCGUGGCCGACCCCUACGAGGAAGCCUGGAACCAGAUGCUGCUCCGGAGGCAGAAGGCCCGGCAGCUGGAGCAGAAGAUCACCAACUACCUGACGGUACCGGCCCACAAGCUAGACUCGCCCACCAUGUCGCGGGCCCGCAUAGGCUCAGACCCACUGGCCUAUGAGCCCAAGGCAGAUUUGCCUGUUAUCACCAUCGACCCAGCCUCCCCACAGUCACCUGAGUCUGUGGACCUGGUGAAUGAGGAGUUGAAGGGCAAAGUCCUAGGGCUACACCGGGAUCCACCAAGGGUACCUCGGGAGGAAGAAGAUGAAGAUGAGGAUGGUGUCAUUAUGAUGCGGAGCAAGGAACCCUCAUCCCCAGGCACUGACGAUGUCUUCACCCCUGGACCAAGUGACAGCCCCAGCUCCCAGAGAAUACAGCGCUGCCUCAGUGACCCAGGCCCCCACCCUGAGCCUGGGGAAGGAGAGCCUUUUAUCCCUAAAGGGCAGUAGAGCCAGUCCAGUGGGCGUCCCAUAGACUCUCCCACAGGAGUUGGGGCUGGGAGCUCCCUUUACCUCCUGAUCUGGAUUGGCUCUGCCCCCUUCCUACGCAUGGCAGCUGGGUCCACAGCCCCCACUGCAGCACGGCUUGCUCCUGCCUCUGGGAGGCGUCCUCUCCUACCAGAACUGCCUUCCCAAUCCAUUUGGCAGAACAGCUGGGCUAGUGGGGCAGGCCCUGCCCCAUCUUUAGAGCCAGGCUCUCCCGUACUAGAACUGGGGCUUCUCAAGGCCCGCCCUCCGUUCCCUCCCUCCCCCUCCUCAUCCAGACCAACUUUCCAUCUUUGAUCAUUUCUAACCAAAGAGCCACUGGCUCCACUGUGGUCCUACCAGGAAAGGAGGGAGCCGAACCUUCCUUGGCCUUGAGUGGGCCCUCCUAUGUCAGAGGACAGCAGGCAUGUGGCUGGGAGGCAGAUGGGUGACCCAUGGCAGACCCACACUACUCCUGCCAGCCAUGGUACCCCAGCCAGUCGCCUGAGCUGUCCACACUCAGAGCUGCAGGCCGAGGGCAUCUCUGAGCUUCUCUGCCA